GAACAGUCCGUGCGUGCCCCUUUUUAAACGACGAUGUAGUGGCGGCGUCCCGAAAAAUUCCCGGGGAUCUCGUGCGUACACGUCGGCCAAGAUCAUUGUCACGAUCGUGAUCGGUACACGUGUUUCGUGCCGCAGCCACACGAGACAGGAGUCGCUCGUCCGUUCGUCGGUGAAACCGGAUUUCUCGGUAUCUUCGGAGUUACCUGCAGCUCGCUACGCAGGGGAUCUUCGUUCUUUCGCGGCCGAAUUCUCGAAUUUUCUCGGCGAACCUGUCGAUCAAUCGGAGUGAAAGAGUAUCUUUGUGCGCUCACCCGGAUUUUUAUCAUUCUUCCCUCGUUUCGUCAGCUUCCACGAACCAGCUGAUCCCGGAGCCGGGAUUAUUGUGACGUGAAUCGGAACACUGAGAAGAGAUCGAGAUAAUGACAGUCAUGGUAGAGUCCAUGAAAGUCGAGGAGGGCGAACGUCCGAAGAUCGCAGCCUUCGACGACAUCCUCCCGUACGUCGGUGAGGCUAGUCGAUACCAAUGGUUCCUCUUCAUCCUGCUUCUACCCUUUACCUUCGUCUACGCGUUCCUGUAUUUUACGCAGUUCUUCAUCACGCUGCUGCCUGCCGAGCACUGGUGCACCGUGCCCGAACUCGACAACUGGAAUCUCACCGAUCAUGAAAAAAUCGCGUUGUCCAUACCUCCAGCGUCGAUGGAGGAAUUGAAGAUGGAGAGCGCCACGUCGUUCUCGCGUUGCAAAAUGUACGACGUGAACUAUAAGGAAAUGCUGCAGAACGGCACCAGAGAAGCAGAUCCAUCUUGGCCCAUUAAAUCGUGUCAGAAUGGAUGGACUUUCAAUCACACGAUGAUACCGUACAAGUCUAUCGCCGUCGAGCUGGAAUGGGUUUGCGAACACGCUUUCCUGGGCUCCGCAGCCCAAUCAGCCUUCUUCGUGGGCAGCAUCAUCGGCGGCUUCGUAUUCGGUUACAUAGCCGACCAUUAUGGCAGAAUUCCAGCGUUGGUCGCCUGCAACGCGGUUGGCUUCAUCGCUUCCGUGGGCACAGCCUUCUGCAACAGCUUCUGGAGUUUCUGUAUAGCGAGAAUGGUCGUCGGCACGUCAUUUGAUAACUGUUUCAAUGUUCUUUUUAUUAUCGUGAUCGAGUACGUCGGCCCGAAAUACCGAACGCUUGUGGCGAACAUGUCCUUCGGGCUUUAUUUCGCCGCAGCUUCCAGCCUUUUGCCGUGGAUCGCCUAUUGGAUCGCUGAUUGGCGAAUUUUGAGCAUGGCCACCGCCUGUCCCAUGGUGGUUGCUUUUGUAGGGCCGUGGCUCGUUCCAGAAAGUGCACGAUGGUAUAUUACCAGUGGAAAGAUCGACAAAGCGAUCGAAAUGUUGAAGAAGUUCGCUAAGGUUAAUGGCAGAGAAGUAAAACAAGAGAUUUUCGACGAGUUCGAAAAGAACUGCAGGUCGAUGAUCGAGAAGGAUAAGUCGCACAAUCAAUACACCGUUCUCCACCUCUUCAAACUGCCGAGGCUCGCCCGUAUCACAACCAUGCUCAUCAUUUAUUGGCUGCUGAUGGUGUGGGUGUUCGACGGCCACGUCUGGAACAUGAAGCUCCUGGACCCGGACGUGUUCACGUCCUUUUCUUUGGCGUCUCUCACCGAGUUGCCCGCCGCCAUUCUGCUCGCCCUCUUUCUGGACAGAUGGGGCAGACGAUGGAUGGGAUUCGCCUCGAUGUUCCUCUGCGGUGUUUUUUCCUUUGUCGCUCUGUCCACGCCCCCUGGUGCGCCGACGGUCGCUAUGGCGAUCAUAGCCCGUCUUGGAGUCAAUAUUGCCGCGAACAUCGGCUUCCAAUACGCGGCAGAAAUGCUGCCGACUGUGGUACGAGCGCAAGGCGUGUCCUUGAUCCAUAUUAUUGGUUACCUGGCUCACAUUUUGGGACCGUACAUCAUUUACUUGGCUGAUAUCGAUGCUGCCCUGCCUCUCAUUACUCUUGGUCUGCUAUCUUUCAUUCACGCUUUCUUGACCCUUGGCUUACCAGAAACCUUAAACCAAGAUUUGCCGGAGACUCUUCAAGAAGGUAACGAUUUUGGCAAGGAUCAGAGCUUCUGGUGGGUCCCGUGCAUAUCCUCGAGCCAAAAAUUGAAGAAGUCCUACCGGAAGAAGGAAGGUCUCUCGAACCCUGCGUUCGCUGGCAGCGUGCAGAAGAUCGACUGCACCCGAUUAUAGCGAUUGUUCGUCAAUGAACUGGCACCGGUCGGUGAAACUUGCCAAAUCCUUUGUAAAUAUAGUUGUUAAAGUGCGAGUGUGAUGUUACGUGUUAAGGUCUGCUGCGAGCGUGCCGAGAGAUGUCGGAGUCGCAGGGAAUUACAGUGAGAGAGACAAAAACCGUGGAGAUUCGUUGAGCGGACCUUGCGCGGCUAAUAACGCUGUCAUUCUUAAGAAAGUAAAGAACGUAUAAAUAUUGACAGCAACGAUACUGAUCGCGCAUAGACGACGCAGAUUGAUCGACUGUGAUUACGGACGUUGGUCCGAAUUUCUUGACUCUCGAGCUUUGACGUCGCUUAACACGUUCGCGACCACGUGUCACGCACAUUGAGUUACAACAGUAUUCGUACCUUCUAAACUACUGACUUUGAACGAUUAAUAUUUGUUUACAAUACAAAUUUCAAAGUUCUUAUCAACAGGAUAUUUCUUUACAAUGCAAGUUUCAUAUAGGAGUAUAUAUUGGAAUUACGAAGCUUUCAAACUUAUAUAAACUUUAUUGAAAAACAAUAUGUCAAUAUAACAAAAAUGUAAUUUUAUGUAAACCAGAAGAAAAUUGGUGUCACACUUCGUACCUAUACAAUUUAUACUAGAAAUACAAUUAAUGUAUUAAUAACUAAUAUUUGGUUGGGCUUCCAUUGCAUAUAAUACGUUUGAGACAUAAGGAAUAUUUAAAUCAUCAGGCUUCUCAGACCCGGCUUUCUUCCUCUUUACGUAAAAUUACAUCUUUGUAGUAUUGACCUGUUGUUUUUUUAGUAAAGUUUAUAUAAAUUUGAAAAAUUCGUAAUUUCAAUAUACAUUCCUACUGAUAAGAAUUAUUAAACUGGCAUUGUAAACAAAUAUCAAUCGUUUAAAUUCGGCAAUUCGGGAGAUACAAACACUCUGUUGGCUUACUGUCUGUGUGACAGCCAUUCAUUUAGAUAGACGCUGUUAAUUACCGUUGCUACGAUGACACUAACCCUUUGCAGUCGGAAGUCUUUCACUAAAAAUAUUCAACAUUUCCCGAUAAGAUAUAGACGACAUUUUUUGAAACGAAUUAAAUUUCUCAUUUAACGUACAUAAAUCAAUAUGUUGUCUACCAAGCCCCUUUUCUGAAUUAUUUCUGUAGAUAGAAAUGUAUUUUUCCAAUAGUCAACAUUUUGCUGUUUUUCAGAUUAAAGCUAUGAUCAUAGCUCAUAUAACAUCAGACCAGAUAAUUUCUAUAGAGAGUAUCACCGGUGCGUCCUACGAUAGCCAACGUGUUAAGAAACAAAGUGGUCUUAUUUCAAUAUUUCACAUAUCGAUGCAUUAUACCAAGCUUAAUAUUAUGUGUAAGGCUUCAUAAUUUUGGUACAUCAAAUCAAAUGGUAACUGAGACUCUUCUCGAGUGCAAAAGGUUGAGAUAUAUUUGGUACAUGGUAUACCAUGUUUUGGCUAUAUCAAAAUAUCAUACAUAUAUGAUAUUUAUGUAAAAUGCUUUAUUUGGUUUAUUUACUGUGUCUUUAAUGUGUAAGAAUUAUGUGAAUGAUAUAUCACGUGAAACAAUUACAACAAAGGCACGGUCCACAGCGAGGGUAUUCCAACUUCGAUCGUGGUCGCGAACGUAUUGACGGUGGGGAUAUUAACAGUAUUACUAACAAUAUAUUGCGAUUUUUAUGUAUUUGUAGCAUAUGUGAUUACUCAACAGUCAAUACUGUGAAAUUAACAACUAAUCAUACCGGCACUUUGUAUAUUCCUAUUCCUAACGUAAUCAGUCAAAUAACUGGUUACAAAAUAAAGGUAAACAAGAUAGACGAUAAUUUUCGUUUAGUGGAAAUAGAAACAGAAGGAAAGUCAAAAUUGAAAAAUGUAUUAAUCGGAUAAUAUAGGAAUUGAUAUAAUGUUAGAUGAACGAAAGAAGACGCAGAAUUUUAAAUGAAAUUUUUAAACCGGUCACGGUACGUUUAGUGUUAAUAAGGUAUAUAAGAAAUGAUGAAGUUUCUCGAAAGUUUGUAUAUAAUAGAACUCUUCAUGUUCAAAAAUAAUUUGAAGAAUAAUUCAACAAAAUUUCAGAAAUCCAGGAAGGAAGAUUCUGCUCAUAAAAAUUAUGUUUACUAAAAAUGAAUGUAUUAUCAAAUUAAAAUGACUUCUCUCAUACAUUUUAAUUGUUCAUCUAGGAUAUAAAUAUUAAUUUAUGAUACAAAUGUAUAAAAUUCGCAGUCCAUUGAUAAUUAGAAAAUAUGUGUUCACAAUUCCGUCACUAUAGCUUGACAAGAUCAUCACAUCUGGUCAAAUACACGCAUAUUGUGAAGCAGUAUACAUACGUAAGACGUUAAAUAAAGUACAAAAACUGGUGUGACGUUUCUAUUCUACAGUCUGCGUGCAUAUGGCUAUUCCGUUUACGUUUCUUCUUCUACGAGAAGCUGAAAUGGUGACAGCAAUAAUGAUAGCGUAAGGUUGGAACGAUAACGAUGCGUAUUAUUAGUGUCACCGAGUGAAUGUUAUUGACCGUGUAAGGUCCGCUUCCAGAUCGCUAUAGAAAAUCAAUCGUGUCUCACCCGCGAGAAGAAUUGAACGAUGAACGUAGAUAUUCAAUUGCAAACGCAUCGAACAGAAAUUAUUCUAUUAUUCUUCAGUUGAACACAACCUGUCACAGUAUUUUUAUAUUUUUUAUUGGGAUAUCGACGAUCAGUAGAUCGAGGGCCGUUCGAUUUUCCUCAAGGUUUUAACACCGAAAAAUUGUAAUUCAUUCAAGCUGAAACGAACUGUCCCCGAGACACUGUCGUCAUGUGACGGCAACGAUUAUUAAGAAACUCGAGCUGUCACGUUUAUCUGUAAGUAGUACGCAAUUAAUUUAUCCGGAAUGCGAGUGGAACAUAUCCUCGGGUCUCAUUCGCCACGAAUCAUCGACUUAAUCGUUCGUGUGUUCGUCGAAAGCCGUGGACUUUUCCAUGAUUUGAUUAAUUUUCGAACUGUAGUAUCGGAUUCGAAAUACAGGAAGACUCGUAGUUAAUGUUACAAUUUGAAAUUUGUUAAUUCUGUACGAAAAAUAAAUUUCGACGUAUAUCAUGUUAAUUAUAUUCGAUUUUAAAAGUUUGAGGCUGGCUACGACAGUAUUUGAGCAUACACAGCUCAAUUUUGAAAUAUUCAUCUUCGAUAAUUAUUUGAAUUUGUCAAUCGAUUGAAGUUGAACCCCAUAGUCAAAACCAAUUCAUAUAUUCCUCCAGUGCAUAAAAUUCUAAAAGACUUUGGGAUCAGAAUAAUCUGAGGAACACAAUGUAAUAAUUAUUAUUUAAAAUGGUACUUAACACUGUUACUACCGGAUCGAUCAAAAUGAACCGUUCCUGAUUUCUUGCUUCACAAUUCUUGAAAAAAUAACAAAGUAUUGUCUGGGAGAUUAUUGAAGACAUUGUUUUUAUAAUACGCAAAAUGUAUUAUAAACCAGUUGAAAUCUCAAUAGAUGUACUUUUAGAGUUCCUAUAAAAAAAUUAGGAGAAGGUAAUUCGACUGGUAGUAGUUCUAGUGUUAAUGAAUAAAAAUCAAAGAUCUAAUCAAUGAACUUUUGGGUAAACGAUUGCUAAUUUUUCAUACAGGACCAUCGUGUUUUAAGUUGUGCUGUUAUUUAUGAGGCUAAUGUUUCUUCGAACAUAAAAAAUACUCCGGUUCGCAAGUUCCUUCGCGACACGAUCGAAAUGUCGUCACGGAUUCGAAUAAUGGUAGCAAUCUUCGUUCCUUCGAUCCAGUUCGUCCCAAAGACUCAAUCCGUAACACGCUGUGUACCAACGAUGAUUCUAGGACCGUUUAUAGGUCCUGUUUAGAAUCAUUCGCGUACUUACGAGACUAGUCCCCGCUUUGUGGCCCAUAUGCUAGGUCAUUCCAUAAGUUUUGCGGUUUUUGCGAGCAUUGAGAAUUACGAUUUAAAUGAUGCGGUUUAAAGUUACCACAAAGAUCCUCUGAACAAAGUUGUAACAAACGUUCAUGAGGGCCGAUGAAUUGUUUGAAACGUUACAAUCGUUUGAAAUGAUUAUGAAAUACGUUAAAUGGUCCCACUAAAGGAUAUAACAGAUCUAUGCAGAGAUUAUUAGUGUAAGUUAGUUAACAAGGUGUCUUAGAAAUUUUGCAUAGUACAAUAUCAAAUUCUGAGAACUGGAUGAAGAGAUUAUAGAAGUUAUUGCUCAGCAAAAUUCUCCAGUAAUUUGCUCAUUGAAGAAUUUGCUCAAAAAUUGAGAAUAUCUCGUUCAUUAAUUACUGACGAAUAGUUGUAUAAUCUGAUGUAAUACAUCCAACAGAAAAUCUCAUUAUUUAUGGGAAGACGUAAAAAAUGUUGAACUCUUUCAUAAUUAAUCUAAAGAAAUCGGGAUUUCUUUGCGAAUACGUCUUGCAACGGAUUUCAAAUUGUAUAUACAAACACCUGCCACAUAGUGCAGUUCUUCUUCGAGAAUUAAAGUGCAACUUUAUUACCAGCUAGAGAAUGUAUAUAUAAUAAAAACAUCGACGAGAAACAACGUGUAUUUAAAUCUAGACAGAUUUUAGCGAUUUAGUCGAUCAUUCGAAGAGCAUUGAUAUUUGCGAAUAAACAUGAAAAGUAUUUUU